ACCUCCUCCCGAAGCAUCUGUUCGGCUAGAAGAAGAAGCAGAGUUAGGAAAAAGUGCCCCUCCAUCUAUAAAAGGAAAUCUGUAUUCUGAAGUUCAGGAUGCAUUGUAUCACACUGAAGUUCAGGAUGCAUUGUAUCACACUGGAGACAAUAGCCAGGAAGGAGACCACCAUUUAUUUGCAGCGACACAGCUCGAGAUGAAACAUUUGGUUGCACCUGAAACAGAAGAGCUGAAUAAACACGACUCCGUACAAUCCCAGUUGGAGAUGGAAGCAACAGUUGCAUUGAGUUCUGCGAAUGAAGCAGAUAACAAACUUAUGAACCAAUCCAUCACUGAACUUUCACAUCCAGAUUCACUGGGUCCUGUGCAUGUGACAGAAAAGCAAGAGAGAGUACAGACGGAGAUGCAACAAACUCCUAAAGUACUAUCAUCUACAAGUCUACAAAAUGAGGAGUCAAAUGUAUCACAAUCAGUGGAAGAAACGGCGAUAAAUAAAAUCCAGCUUCAUUUGCCUGCAUCUGCAAAAGAUUUAUCUGAGUCAGUUUGUUCAACAGAACCUCAAGAUAAUACUGACAAUUCAAGAGGACUAGCAGUCCCGGAUACUGGAUUAUUAAACACACAAAAUUCUGCAGUUGAAGUAAUUACACAUGACAUUGCAGCACCUGAAUCAGAACAGGUGGCAAAGCAACCUAUUCAGUCUGCAAUUAUGGACUUGGAGCCAGACUAUGUACAGGUAUUGCCAUCCACAUCUGAAUCAAGAAAGCCUUAUGAUGUGUCUUUCCCAGUGCCGAGUGCUGAGGAAAGAGACAGAUCUGUAACUCCACGGUCAGACCAUGCCCAUCGAAUUUUAUCCGAAGCAGAGGCAAAAGAAACUGAACAUUAUUCACCCACAACCCCGACAUCUUCUGCUCCUCCAGAACCACAAGGAAUUAAAAGCUGUUCAUCUAAUGAGGCAUCCAAACAAUCUCCAAUGGUUUCAUUGUUCUCUCUAGGUGACACAGAGUCUCUAGAAACUUCCAUGCCAGGUCCAGAACAAUCAAAUUUUCUUGUGCCAGAUUAUAAGGACAAACCACAGAAAGAAGAAAAUCAAUGCCUUUCCCCCAACAAACGAGAAUCAGUGCCAGAGGAGCUGCUGUCCCUUACAGCCUUCCUCAUGGGUGAAAUUAAGGAAGAGACCAUUCGUUCAUCCGGGGCUAUAAAAAUUGUGCCCGAAGAAUCAAAGUCCAUUGCAGAAGAUGAAGCUUCUGGAGCAGUAAAAGAAACAGCUCCUUCUUUUUCACAUGUUUCUGAAGAGUACCUUUCUAAAGAAACUAUUUUGCCAUUUGUUGUUGAUGCAGGAGAGGAACAGGCAUGGUCUCGUUCACUGUUGACUGAAGAGUCAAAACAACUGACUGCUGAAAAAAGGGACGUACUAGAUGUUCAGUCUCACUUGCUCGCCACUGCACCAUCUGAGAGAAGGAAUGAGGAUAUUGAGCUAUAUUGCCCUGUAACAGCACAGUCCGAACCAGAAAAUAGGACAUUAAUGAAUACUAUGGAAGGGAUCAGCAAGCAGGAGAUGACACAAUAUUUACCUUCCAUUGUUCAAUCAGUGCCUGCACAUGAGGGAUUAUUGUAUCCCACAGAGGAAAGAGAUAACCAAGAGAGAACACCUUUGGAGACUGAACAUUCAAAGUCUCUACAGUUACCAGUCUUGCAACAGGAGCCACAACACGUAGAUUUACUGCAGCCAAUAAAAGAACUGGAGAUGGAAGCAAUGCAGUCUUAUUCAUCUGCAGCUGUUCAAGAUUUAUCCCAGCCUGCUGGAGAGAAGGAAACGGUGGAGCUUAGGGGCAACUUGCCUGAAACUGCAGAAGUAGAUUUUGUCGUUUCUACAUCAUCAGAAUCUAUGGAUGCAGAGCAAAAAGAAAUCCAACCACCACAGUCUGAAGCUGAAAAGUUAGAAUAUAAACAGCCUGCUUCAUCUCUUCACACUGACAUAGUGGAGAAGCAGGUGGGUUGUCCCCAUUCACCAGAAGCCUCAGUGUCAGCAGUGUUGGGACAAUCAAACUCUGCUUUGAUGGAUUUUACUGAAAAAGCAGAAGUCCAGCCUUGCCUUCAUGAGACAGUGGUGUCAGAAGAGCCAUUUUCCAUUGCUGCAUUUCUCCUUUCUGAGGCAAAAGAAAUGCAAACUUCAUUUCCUAAGGCUGAAGAAAAAGAGAAGCUAGACACUCAACUUCCUUUCAAAGAACCCAGUUUGUUGGUAGAAGGAUCCAGAAAUGGUUCAGCCUUGCCUCCUGAGACUGAAGUAGCCAUUAAGAGGGAAAUCCAGCCUUCUCCGACACAUUUUGAAACAGAACAGCUUUCUCAUGAACUUCGAGCAGAGGCUGCUGACAGAGAAGAGAUCUGUAAUAUUCCCACAAUACCUAAUUUAAUUUUGAAUGAAUCUUCUGAUACUGUAUUAUCAGAACCUAUGAAUGAUACCCAACCAUGGUCAGCAGACUCUGAUAAAACUACCAAUAAGACUAUUGUAAUUAGCACUGAAAAUGUUUUAGAAAUACAAGACAUAAAGGAUUUACCUUAUGCAGACAUAACUUGGAAACAACCUGAAAACAACUUACAAAAAGAGAACAAAUUAAAAGAUGAUGAAAAACCAAGGGAAAAAGCCACAGCUGCUCCUGAACUUGAUCAAGGGAAAGAUGCAUCCAGUAAGUCUGAAGAUCACAAGAUGGGAAAUGUUCAUGUCCCCGCAUUUGUUUUGUCAGUUGAUAAAGAAGAAGAUACGUGCAUGCCAGAGAAAUUAAAAUACUUGGAACCAGUUUCCUCCCAGAAAACCCAACCAUCUCAUCUUAUUGAAGAUUUAGUUGUUGACCUGAAAGCUUCAAUGGGUAAACCAGAUACAAAAACUUCAGACAACUUUAAAAAAGCCAACUUUGAAAAUAAAGAAAAUGAAUUAAAAGAACUUGUUAGAGAAACAGAUGUUCAGAGUAGUAUAAAUAGUGAAAAGGAAAUUUUAACUGUUCCAGAAAGCAAAAAUGAUGGUAUUUUAAAUGUCACUAGUUUGGAUUAUUUGGAAAAGCAUACCUUGACUGACGACAGCUCCUUCACACAUACAGGAAAAGAGGAAUCUGCUCAGGGCGUGCAGAGGUCACUGGAUGUUAUAAAGGAAAAUGCUGAGGAAACCGCAUCUCCAGCUGCAAGCCUGGAAAAUGUUUUGGAGUUUUCCUUACUAGAAAUCAAACUGGAUGAAACUUUUAAUGGAAUGGUAAGGAAUGAAAGUACAACAACUACCCACAAAGAUAUCUCAACGGUAUCAAAUGAAGACAAACUAGUUGAUUCUGUUAGGGAAAGUGACAAAAAGAUAGAGGAGGAGCUAAACUUAGUAGGUGCACCUUUAUAUAACACAGAAAAUGGCAUGUUACCCCAAAUUCCAUUAAUUCCCUUGCCAGACAAGUCAGUUAACCUUGAGCUGAUAGCAGGGCAGCAUGCUUUGGUAUCUUGGAAUAGGGAUCUGUAUGAAAAAGCAGAGACAGAAUCCAAGGAAGACAGCUGUAAACAUCCUUCUGAUGAAAACAUUAAGAAUACUGAUGUGCCUUUGCAGGGAAAACAGGGUGCCCCAGAUGAUGAAAUUACAACUUACUUUGACAGGGGCAUUCCUAAAGAUGGUAGUCCAAAUAACUUGGAAGAUUCCCAAAGGGAACAAGUUCUGAAGGACCAGCAAGUUAAAGAAGAACUAAGUGUCUUGCAAGGUGCAUAUGAAUCAAAUGAAAAGGAAUGUGAGUCUGUUUAUAUUCCCUCUGAAGCAAUGGCCCAAGCAGGGGCCUUGUCACCAAGAAAAAUGGUUAAUGAUGCCCCGAUAGACAGGCCAGUAGAGAUCGCAAGUGAUGUAAAAGUUGUGAGUUGUCAGCCAACACAUGCCCUACCCUUUGGAAGCAGGCUCUAUCGCUCAGGUGCCACCAGUGAUGACAGCAGUCAGAACAGAGAAGAAUCCUCUUCUUCAGAAGCAAGCCAGAUGCUGCCAGAGGAAACAAGCGAUGAGGAGUCUAGUCCAAUACUGGAUUAUGCAGCAACUGUUUAUCAAGAGGAAUCAUCUAGGCAAAAUGAAUCAAAGGAUGUUAUUGGUCUUGCAACUGACCAAGCGCAACAAUUUGAAAUAACAGAAGUUGAUGAAGUACAUAAUGAUGCAGUAAGAAAACCUGUGGAAGAAGGCGCUCAGUUUCCUGAAACAUUCCAUCAUGUUAGCACUCACUGGCAAAGUGAGAGACAAGUAGAAGAACACUUAGUGUCAGUCCCUGAACCUGUGGCGCAAGGCGCAUAUGCUUCAGAUCGUGAACAUCUUCCAUCUUGGGACUUUGAGGGGCAAACAUAUGAAAAAAGAGUUGGAGAAAAUAUUCCCAGUGAUCUAGCUAUGCACAAUAGAGAAGAUACAAAACAUCAGCUUUCAGCAUCUGAAGCAAAAUCAGCAUUUGGGGGACUUGACGUCUCUCUUUUGUCACAUGAUUUUGAAUCCUACCCAUUAUACUCAAUAAAAGAGGAAGAAUACAGUGAUGAUGAAGAUCUGGCUGAGCUCCUGGGAUAUGAAACGGUGACACAAGAUGAUGUUUUUCAAGAAGAAACAGCCUCAGAGGUCGCUCGUGAAGAGCUGCUGUUUGACAACAGGAAAUCUUUAGACCACAUUAGUGAUAGCUAUGAAUUUAUAAAUGAAAAAGAAGCUAGUACAUAUCCCGAAGAAGAGGAGUUGAUGGGUCUUGAAAAGCUACCAAAGAAUGUUCCAGAAAGUGAGGUUCUACAGAGAGAAGCAGAGCUGGCACAAUUAGAUACCUACUGCUGCCAGUGCAAGUGUCCCAUAUCUGCGGAUGACAAGCUUUGGGGAGAGCAUAGAGACCACAGCGUGACAAACCUGGACACAGGUGUGACUGAGUUAAAGGGUCAAUUGGAUGGAUUCCUAGAUGUUUUACAAGAAAGGUCUUUGAAGAUUGAAGGGUUUGUCAGUGAGAUUGAGGCCCUUUUCAAUACUCUUGAGGAAAACUGUAAGGGAAAGGAACAGCUUUUGGAAGAGCAAAAUGAAAACAUUGUCAAGACAGUGCUAGGACACCAUGACCAAAAGGCACAGAGGUUUGAAGAAAUAAAGAACACAAAGAUGGAGGACCUCUAUGAACAGAUGGUUAAUUUUCAAGACUAUAUUGACACAGCAAAAGAAAACUUGGAGACUAUCAUAAAGGAAACUGAAGAAAUGGAUGAUUUUGUUUUCCUAAGGUCAUCAGAAGAAAUAAACAAAAGGUUACUUUCGGCUGUGGAACAUAUUCAGGCUUUAGAAAAAAUGCCUGCUGCAUUUUCUCAUUUUGAACAUUUUGCAGACAAUUCAGGAAGUGGUAACUGGACAUUGGAACAAAUGCCUGUUCCACAGACCCCCAAAUUACAGCCUCAGGAGCCAAACUCAGCCACAAGCACCUCAGUUGCCGUUUACUGGAUUGUGAGUGAAGACGAUGCCAUUGAUUUCUUCCAAGUCUAUUGUAUGGAAGAACACCCAGGAAGGCAAGAACAAAGUGGGUUGGUAGAAGAAUAUCGUGUUACUGUGAAAGAGAGCAACUGCAUUUUGGAAGACUUGGAACCUGGCCACUGCUAUAGUGUGUGGAUUAUGGCUGUGAACUACACAGGCUGUAGCUUUCCUAGUGAGAAAUCCACAUUUAGAACUGCUCCCCCAACCCCUGUAAUAAAGGCUGAAGACUGCACAGUAUGUUGGGAUACUGCCACCAUUCGCUGGAGCACUGGCAACUCAGAAGCAACAGACUCUUUCACGCUUGAGUACUGCAGGCAGUAUUCUCCAGAAGGGGAAGGCCUCAG